GGAGAGCUAGAGGAUUUUGGAGGAGAGAGAGGAUGGUGUCACAAUACUUUAUCAUCGUUCCGACCCUCGCUGUCCUCCUUACUCAGCUCACAUUGAGCCGCCUCUCGGACUCGCUGCUCGCCCUCUCUGACGCAGGCCAUACCCUCUACCUUCUCAUUAGUUUCUGUCCCCCUUUUAUUCUUUCUCACUCCUCCAAGUUACCCCACUAUGCUCGUAUCCGCCUUCCUACUCUCUUCUCCAUACUCGCCCCCUUGUUUCUCUCCUCCCUUGGCCUUUCCCUCGCUCUAAUGUCACUGGAACGCAUUGUACGUCCUCACUCCCCUCAACGUCCAGUUCUAAUACUAGUAGCGGGAGCGGUAGGCCUGCUCUUUAAUACCAUAUACAUAGUCACAGCAAAUGUGUGGAAAGGAUCAGGUUUCUACAUAGGAAGAAUACAGACACAACAAUCAAGAUGGACGCCAGUCAUGCUCCUGCUGGUCUCAUUAACUCCCUCAUGUUUUCUCCUGGUCAGCGGCCUUUCCUUCUAUCUGUUCAGUCACCCCGUAUUGCACUACAUGGAUGCGGCUCUCUGCCUAGCUUCUAUAAUAAUCAUGGUGAUUUCUGUAUAUUCAAGCAUAAUUCAAAAUGGCUCCAUUUUGCUCCAGUCUGUGCCACCCUCCGUUGACCUAGCAGGCCUCAGACGGGACUUAGACAUUCUUUUCGGUCCUAAAGGUCACCACGAAUUACAUGUGUGGGCUCUCGCUCAAGGUCACACCGUGGCCACACUCCAUCUGUCCUGCACAGAGCCUGAAGCAUACCAGGAGUACUUAAAACAGGCUACAACCCUUUUUGGACGCCACAGUGUUCAGGAGGUGACAAUACAACCAGAGUUUGAAGUCCCUGGUCCGUGCAGUAUGUCUUGUGGUCCAUCGUGCGCGAGUCAUUUCUGCUGUGUAACGUGGGAGCAAGAACCCAAGGGGCUAGUCUUGGCAAAUAUCUGUGCGUAAGGGUGGACAAGCUGCCUAUAUCUUGUUAAUCUGCAUUAUUAUGGAUUAACCAUGUUUGAGCAAUUUACUAUUACACCAUAACUUUUGAAGUAUAAAAGAGAGCGCACAGAUGGGUUCAUCAACUGAAAUGGAUUGAUGCAUCAGUUUCUGUUAUUUUAUACUGUCUAAUAAAAUCUAGAAAUGUU